CCGUACGCUAACGGUAGCAUGUGCUAAUGUUUCCGGUGGAUUUAUCGCUAUGACUCGCAGAGAUUUUUUCGUUCAACCGAACCAGUUUGACCCGGAAUGGGACCCAGAAGGAGAGGCUCCUGAAGAAGUACAGACUAUGUGGCUGCAACAGGACGUUUCAGAACGUCUGACUCGUGACAGCACUGUGCUUAUGCUCUGGUUAGAUUAGCGCACGAAGACCACUUGGUUAGGAUGAUCCCUGUGGAAAGCAUGUCCAUCUUCUACUCUUGAAGCCCUCUCUGUCAGUGGUUCCGUCUGAGAAUGAGAAAAAUAUCACGUUCGAAAGCUGUGAAUCGCCACCGCCUUUUAGCAAACAAGCACCCAUAAAGAGCCGGUGUACACGGGUACAACAAAGAGCACACGAGGUUGACAACAACAACAACAACAACAACAACAACAACAACAACAACAAACCCUCUUGACUGCCGCUGAGCACAGAUGUUCAUGUUUGCAACGUUAUCAGAAGAGCAGCGUUGGACGAGAAAUUCCAGAAUAACAACAACUACAUGAACAUGGCGGAGGCCAACGGUGCCCUGCUCGCUGCUGGUGAUACUUUUCAUACUCCCAGCUUGGGAGACGAGGAGUUUGAGAUUCCUCCCAUUACACCUCCACCUGAGACGGAGUCCGGUAUGGGUCUGUCGGAAGUGGAUUCACCUUAUCCAGUCAUGCCAGAGCCUCCAGUCCCACACAGGGGUCCCUUAAUCCCUCAAUUCCCGCCUCAGAGCCUGGAUCUGCCCUCUAUUACCAUCUCACGCAACAUGAUGGACCAGGAAGGGAUGUCCGUCAACAACGGCCAACCUGUGAAUGUCGGACCAGGCCAUCUGCGCCAGUACCCUCCCAACCCGGCCAUGGUGAUGAAGUCCAUCAUCAGCAUGAACAGCCCCAACGGGAUGUUAUCAAGGAAUCAGCUGACCACCAUCAACCAAUCCCAACUCAACGCACAGUUGAGCCUAAACAUGGCCGGGCCCAACAUCACCCACACUUCCCCGUCACCGCCCGCCAGCAAGUCGGCCACGCCGUCUCCCUCCAGCUCCAUCAACGAGGACGACCAGGAAGAAGGCAACAGGGUCAUUGGUGAGAAGCGACCCGCCCCCAUAGAUCCUGCAAAGAAGCCCAAGACUCCAAAGAAGAAGAAGAAGAAGGAUCCCAAUGAGCCCCAGAAGCCAGUGUCAGCCUACGCCCUGUUCUUCAGAGACACCCAGGCUGCUAUUAAGGGUCAGAAUCCCAACGCCACCUUCGGAGAGGUGUCCAAGAUUGUGGCCUCCAUGUGGGACGGCCUGGGAGAGGAGCAGAAGCAGGUUUACAAAAGCAAAACAGAAGCUGCAAAGAAAGAAUAUUUAAAAGCCCUGGCUGCAUACCGUGCCAGCCUGGUUUCCAAGGCUGCAGCAGAAUCAGCUGAGGCCCAGACUAUCCGCUCAGUGCAGCAGACCCUGGCCUCCACCAGUCUGUCCCCAGGCCUGGUGCUGCCUUCACCCCUCAACCAGCACCCCUCCAUGUCAGCAGCUGCCCAAGCCCUCCAACAAGCCCUACCACGGGCCAUUGCCCCAAAACCUCUGCAGAUGAGACUAGGAGGCAAUCAGAUCGUGACCUCGGUUACGGUCUCCCACCCAAACAUGUCCUCCGGGAUGCCCCCGCAGAUGCUCAGCCAGAUGGGUGCCGGAGGGGGCAUGGUGGCAGGUGCCCAGUCCACAGCGGUGUCUCAGAUGAGCCCUCCCAUGCAACCGGUGCAGCAGCAUGCCAUGCAGCAGCUCCAGCAGCAGCAGCAGAUGCAGCAGCACCUCCAGCACCAUCAGAUGCAGCAGCAGCAGAUGCAUCACCAGCAAAUCCAGCAGCAGAUGCAGCAUCAGCAUUUCCAACACCACCUCCAGCAACAGCUGCAGCAGCACCACAUGCAGCAGCAGCAGCAGCAGCAGCAGCAGCAACAGCAGCAGCAGCAGCAUCAGCAGCAUCAGCAGCAGCAGCAACAACAACAACAGCAGCAGCAGAUGCAGCUGCAGCACAUGCAGAUGCAGCAUCAGCUGCAUCAGCAGCAGAUUCAACAUCUCCAGCAGCAACAACAACAGCAGCAGCACCAGUCCCAGUGUUCUCCACCCCAGCACUCUCCUGGUACACCACAUUCAGUGGGAGGCUCCGCGUCGCUCGGCAGCCCCCAGUCGGCCCCACAGCAGCAACCACACCCCUCCCAAAUCCAGGCCCAUGCCCAGGUCCUGUCCCAGGUCAGCAUUUACUGAGCCAAAUGGAAAUCCUAUCUCAAAGAACAGGAAUAGAAUAAAAGCAUCACUCCACGUUGCUUUUCUAAGUUGCACUUAAGAAGUGUGUAAGAAUUAGAAUGUUAUACAAAGAACUUGUCCAUUGUUAUAGACGGAUAUGCACACGCGUGUACAGGGGGUUAACGUGUUAACUGGGUUAUUUCUGUCGGUGGCGUAGCUGCAACGGAAGCCUGUUAGGGUGAACACCCAGUGAUUGUUUAUUUGUUUGUUUGUGAGGUCUUUCAGUUGUCAAUUAAAACUGACUGGGCACACAACACGUUGAGAGACGUGUGUCUUUCACUGUUUUAUUUAACAAUAAAGCUUUAUUUAUGAGACCUGAGUGGUCGGUUCAGCGCAGCAGAAGGACAUUUUGAAUGCAUUUUCAAGAAAAGGAUUUCUAUCAGCUCUCGCCUGGACUGAAUGACUCACAGGAUCCUUGCUGGAAACCAGUAAACCCACACAUCAGUCUUUGUUCCCACACUGGCCAGUAUAUAGCGAGACUUUCUUUACUCCAACCUUUCUCUUUCACCCAUCGUUCUCACAGAUGUGACUGUUCAACAAUGGCGUGGAGGAAAUGGCUGAUCAAAUCAUCUCGUCGGAGCGCCCAGUGAUAUUUGAACACAUUGCAGCCGUGUCGCAAACGCAGACAAUGUCACGAGGGAAUACGGGGAACUGAAAAUAAAAGAUCUCUGGAUGAACGACUGAACAGACUGAGACAGAGACUGCCAUAAAUCAUUUAUGUCAUCACAUCCUCGAACUGUAGCUGUAAUCUGCUGUACAUGUUUUGUAGAGUGGGGAGAGACGAAGCCUCCUUUAUUCAGUAAUCGACCCUCCAGAUGAUUUUGCCCAAAAGUGUGUAACUGGCGCCCACCACCAACCCCCCCCCCCCAAAAAAAAACUUCUUCUUUAAUCUAUUUGUUCUUACUUCAGAUGUUUAACAAUUAAAUUAUGUUUUUAUUUUGUGUAACAAAGGGGAUAUUUUAUGGUAAAUACAAAUUUCCGGAUCAAGGCAGAUGGUUUGGGGAUUGAUGUAUUUUUACUCUGCUCCUUGAUACCGUCAUUGUUUUAAAAAAAAAAAACAGUAACACAAGCAGAGCCAGUUUGUUGCACUGCCAAAAGCCAAGUGAAAAAGGCAUCGGAGGUAUUUUUGCCAGCUGUACAGAAGUCCCUGCGGAGGAAAAAAAAAAAGAAAAUGUUGUACAUUUUUCAUAUCACCUGUUGUAAAGUUUUAAUAUGUGAGGCUUUAAUUAAAACAUUGUUAAACGAC